UGGUUAAUGGUUUCUGGGUGUUCUUCGCAAAAGGUUUCAGGCAUGUAAAAUCCAAACAUGCAGCAAAAAGCAUCAAGGGCGUCAGGAGAAAGUGUUCCCUGGGGGCGGGGCGUCCGCGGUCAAUGACCAAACACAGUAGCCAAUCAGAGCGCUCAUGCUAAUGAGGAGCCUUUAAACCCUCCGGAACUUCCUGAUGAAUCGGCGCUUCGCAGACUGACCGGAAUUCAGCGGCUCUCCCGGGAGGAAACUGCAGCUCCAGAGCCGAAGAGACCACCGCGGACGCGGUCAGGAAUAUCUCCUAAAAGCAGGACAUCCACAGCUGAGGAGACAGACAGAAGACGGUUUUUCUUUUUCCUUUUUUAACAACUUCAUUUUCCCCCCCCUGACUCUUGGAAGAAGUUUCCAUCGCCAUGUCCGCUGUUUCGGAUCAGAGCCGGCGGUUCUGCGUGUUGUCCUGGGAUCAGGUGCGGCGCUUGGACUCGAUUCUGGCGGAGAGCGUCCCCAUCCACGGCCGGGGGAACUUCCCCACUCUGUCCGUGCAGCCGCGGCAGAUCGUACAGGUGGUGCGGGCAAGGCUGCAGGAGCGAGGCAUCUGUGUGAAGGACGUGAGGCUGAACGGCUCGGCUGCCAGCCACGUGCUUCACCAGGGGAACGGCUUGGGCUACAAGGACCUGGACCUGAUCUUUGGGGUGUCGCUAAAAGACGACCAGGCCUUCCGUCUGGUGAAGGAUGUGGUUCUGGACUGCCUGCUGGACUUUCUGCCCCCUGGGGUCUCUAAGGAGCGCAUCACGGCGCUGACGCUCAAAGAGGCAUAUGUGCAGAAACUGGUAAAGGUCUGUAACGACACGGACCGCUGGAGCCUCAUCUCGCUGUCCAACAACACAGGCAAGAACGUGGAGCUUAAGUUUGUGGACUCUCUGAGACGGCAGUUUGAAUUUAGCGUGGACUCCUUCCAGAUCUGCCUUGACUCUUUGCUCUUGUUUGACCGUUGCUCGGAGACGCCCAUGUCUGAGAGCUUCCACCCCACGGUGAUCGGGGAGAGUGUCUACGGGGACUUCAGUGAGGCUCUGGACCACCUUUGUCGGAGGACCAUUGCAACACGCAGCCCUGAAGAAAUCAGAGGCGGCGGAUUAUUGAAGUACUGCCACCUGCUUGUGCGGGGUUUCACGCCCUCCUCUGAGGCAGACAUGAAGCAGAUGCAGCGCUACAUGUGCUCACGCUUCUUCAUUGACUUCCCCGACAUCGGCGAGCAGCAGAGGAAGCUGGAGGCUUACCUGCAGAACCACUUUGUCGGGAUGGAGCACAAACGCUACGAGUGCCUGAUGACUUUGCACCAAGUGGUGAACGAGAGCACCGUGUGUCUGAUGGGUCACGAGCGGCGCCAGACGCUCAGCCUCAUCUCCAUGUUGGCGCUGAAGGUGUUGGCUGAGCAGAACGCCAUCCCCACCGUGACAAAUGUAACGUGUUACUACCAGCCGGCGCCUUACGUGCAGGACAUCAACUUUAGCAACUAUUUCAUUGCAAAGGUGCAGCCGCCGCAGAUCCCUCACUGCUGUAACUCGUAUCCAACGUGGCUGCCCUGCAGCUGAGUCAAGAUCAUGGCGUCUCCACCCGUUCCUUCAUAGGGGGGAGACCCAAUAACUCAUCUUUGCCAAAUGUGACUAAAAAAACAAUCCUGUACUGCUGUGCACCAGAUUGAGCCGACCGUUCUUCUCAUUUGUGUUCUUUAAGAACUUUUAUAAGAUGGGUUGUCAUUUCUGAGAUGUAGCUAAAUCUUAUUUAAAUAUACCAAAAAAGGUUUUUCAGAAAUGCUUUUUCUUUUUCUUUUUGAGGAAACAAAUUUUGAGUUUGAUGUUUUUUUUGUUUUUGUUUUUUUAAAUGACCUAAUGGACCAAAUAUACAUUUGUUCAGAGACUCCUAGUGCCUACAAAAAACAUCUAUAAAAUGAGAAGUGUGCAUAUAGUAUUUUCUAGAUUACUCUGUCUCCCUGCUGGAACAGAAACAUUCAUUUACGGUAUGUGAGAUUCUGAAAAAAAGACUUUUCUUUCCUCUAUUGUCAAUUCUAUCUCAAUUCUGUUCUGUAAUGAUUGUUGUCAUUUGGAUCUUUGGGCUGUUGUUAACUUAAAGUGCUCAUUAUCUGAAUUGCUUCACCGGUCAGGUUGUACUUUGUCAUGCUUCCAUUAAAUGUGAGAAGCUUUGGCUAAAAACCAAACCAAAAAAUAAAAAAGACUCUGUUUUUUCCUUCUCCA